AUGCCUGCGACCGUGCUGAUGCGCUACGUGCGCACGACUUGCGCCGCUGCCGUGGCUGUCGCCGCGGCCGUCUCGGCCCAGACGGUGACGCCGUCCAAUGCGACGGACCAGCUCGCCUCCAGCAACCGCCUCGAGCUCUUCGUCACUCGCGGCACCGUCGAAGGUGUACCAGUCGCCCAGGUCGUCCCGCUCACCGCCCGCGCGGCUGAUGACCUCUCCGCCUCCACUGGUCUCCCUGCCCAGCAGCUGUUCUACGCAACUGAAUCCACCGCCCAGCGUCUCAAUAACUCCAACAUCGCCUACAUCAAUUGCGACCCCGACGCCUACCGCGGAAACCUGCAGGCCAGUAACGUCCUUGACACCACCAUCGAGCGCGGCGCUACCGCUGCCCUCUUCUUCAGCACCUCUGCCCGCUCCUGUAACGUCACCGGUGUCAGCGACGACUUUCCCUACCUGUAUUCUAUGGUCAAUGCGACCACGUCGCAGCAGAUUCUAGACGACCUUCGCGCAACCACCAGCGGGGGCAACCAGCUCUACUUCGUUACAAUCCGCUCCACUGGCGAAUCCAACGGCAACGACACCAUGAGUACCGCCAACAGCGACACUGGUUCCGACCAGAACCAGUCGAGCAGCAACCCACUGGGGCCCUCGCCGUCCACCGCCGUGGCUAUGAUCAUUCUGUACAGCAUUACCGGCGUCAUCACUGCUCUUUUCCUCGUUAUCAUUAUCACUGGAGCGUUGCGGGCACAUCGUCACCCAGAACGAUAUGGACCAGGUGUGGUGCUCAACGGCGGAAGAGGAACAUCGCGCCAGACUCGCGUGCGCGGAAUCGCACGGGCAAUGCUGGACACCCUUCCAGUCGUCAAGUUCGGUGACAACACGAACCAACAGCAUCCCCCCAAGCCGACGGACGUGGAAAUGGGCGAUACAACGGCACGGAACAGCGCGGAGGACAUGCAGCAAUCGAGAGAGGCCGAGUCCGGAGCACCCGGGCCCGGGGCAACCGGCGGAGCGGGAGCGGCCGCCCCCAACAGCAGGAAUUCGCACGAAGGAGCUCCGCGCCCAGCCGCUGCAGGACCGACGAACGACACGGAACAGCAGCGGCAUGCUGAUGCGACCGAAGCGGGAAUCGCGCCGGCAGCCGCCGGCGGCAGCGCGGAAAACCUAGCUUCCGAGGGCGACGCGUACACCGGUUGCACCAUCUGCACUGAGGAGUUUGAGCCAGGCCAGGAUGUCCGCGUUCUGCCUUGCAACCACAAGUUCCAUCCCGAAUGCAUUGACCCAUGGCUGCUCAACGUGAGCGGGACCUGUCCGCUAUGCCGCAUCGACCUCAACCCUGCCUCGCCGACGGAUGAGCAUCAUCCCGACUCUGAGCACCACCAUAGCAACAGUGCCACCACCCGCCGCUCCGCCUCCAUCCUUGCGCCCCCGCUUUCCCCCAUGGAUGCCGCUGCCGCAAACAUCCCAUCGUCUCCCCAGCAUCAUCGCCGUAGUGUCUUCCGCGACUUGCUUCAUCUCCGCGGCCACGAGGCUGCGUCCAGUCAGGAGCGUCUUGCCAUGGCCAGACGCAUGGCAGGCAACCGCAACUCACGCGAUGCGAACGCUACCGCUACCGCUACCACUGCUGGUGGUGAGGUAGGUGAUGAGCGCCGCAGGAGCAGACGUUUGAGUACGCUCUUCAGGCGUGAAAGGCAUAGCGCUGCGCCAACGGAUGUGGAAGAAGGGCUGCCCCGGCCGCCGCCGCCGGUACACGAGAGGUCUCCUGCAGGAGAUGGUGACGCAACGCCGAGAUGA